GCAGUUUUGGUGGCCACCUCGCUCAUCGAUAUCAACGGCAUCCAGGUCACCAAGCUGGCGUCCAAGAUCCUCGCCAGGCAUGCUGGCUUGUCGCUGGAGGCUUUGAGUCAUUGGGCCCUGGUGGUGGUGGACCGGGGCGAGGGGGUGUGUUAUUUGUAUGAUCUGAUGAGUGAUCGUGAGAGACUUGUCAUGAAGAACUAUCCGCGCUGCUUCCCUGUCACGGAGCAGAUGGUCGAGUCCUGGACAGGCUGCUCGUACAUUGGUGAGACGACUCGGACACAUGACCAGAUUCUGGAAUUGGCCGCGAGGUUCAUAUCCGAGCACCCUCGGUAUAAUCUCUUCUCGAACAACUGCCAGCACCUAGCGGAGCAGCUCGUGCGAGAACUCUGCAACGGCAAGGUGAUCAGCCAGGCCAACCUCGGCGUAGAGGCCAAGAUGCUCUCGACGAAACUCUCUUCGGCGCUUCUUAUGAAGGCCCAUCUCAAUUCGGACGCUCUUCGGGAGCUGAAGUCGAAUAUCAAGUCUUCUGGCGACCGUCUCAUUGCUGAGAGAGGAUCCAAGGUGGUCCCUUGA